AUGGAAUAUUCAUGGUGGAUUGAAGCAGCAUAUACAGUGUCUGAGGGUGAUAUCAGGAGGGCAUUCGAGGUUAUGAAGAUGUUCAUGUUUGCAGGCUCAAACAACAAUAACUAUUGGGAUCUACUGCUCGAGAUGUGGUGUUUAUUUGAAUAUGAAUCAAGCCAGGAGCUUAAGGAUGCGAUAUGGAAUAAUUGGUUAGUAAACCUCACCAGUGAACUCGGGAAAUGGAUACCUGUGAACCUCAUGCAGGAGCAUUAUAAUUGGUGGCUUGAAGAGCAUGUUGAGAAGAGUGGGAUGUUGUUUGAUGAUCCGUUCUUGUGCUGA